UGCAGUGAGGUAUACAGUGGGAGGUAGAAUUCAUUAUUUUUGUAGUGUGUAGAAAAGACUUCAAGAAGGGCUGAGCUGGUUCUAGGUACAGGAGACAUUUUUUAGACAGAAGUUAGCUUGUAGGGAGAGAAAGCUCGAGAGAAGGUGGGAAGGAGGUGCUAUGUCCAGCUAAGGAGUUCACAGUAAAGGGAGUACAGAAACCCCUGAAAGCUCCUGAGCCUUGGUCACAUGUGUUUAGAAAUGGAUUAGGGAGUAGACACUAGAGACAAGCAAGAAAACCUGUGGGAAAACUCUUGAACAGUCUAGGUUAGAGCUAAAGAGUGGAAGAAGUGCCGGGGAAUGGGGGUAGGAAGCACAGAUGAAAGAUUUUGUGUGUAAGUGGUAAGGUUUGGAUAUAAGUUGAAAGAAUGGUAAAGGGGGGGAAGUCAGCAUGACACGGUCAUGUCUGAUUUAUUAUAAUAGUGGCCUAAUUGAGCUUGUUCCUUAUCCCUCUGUUAUUUAUUUCCUUUUAUACUGUUUUUCAUCCUGUUUUUUGGAUACUAUUUUCUGUUUAUGUCUAGUAUGAACUUUCCCCGGGGUUCAAAAUGCUGGUAUCUUCAUUUUUUUGCCUAUAUCAGGCUUAUCCCCUACUCCUGAUCUAUACCAUUUUCUUUGCUCAUGAAAUGCUCAUUAACUCUCCUUGCUACAUACCUGUAUCUUAGCCAUUUUUCAAGGACCCAACUUAGGUUCAUGAAACUUUUCCCAUUACAGGCUUCAUUAAAUAAUAACUUUUGUUUCCAAACUUGGCUUUGUUUUGCUAAGGUUCAGAGUAGAUACAAGAUAUCUUAGGAACUCUGCUGCUUUCCAACCCACUCUCUCAGCCCUCACCCUCCACAUCCCCAUAGAAAAUUUCAAAAAGUUUCCAUUUAGCACAUUGCUUUACAGAAGGUUCCAUGGCUAAAAAAAACCUUGACAAAUCAGGGGCAAGCCGGUUGCCUUAUUGUUAAUGGCUUCUCUUUACAGGUCUCCUGGCUAAAUUAAAAUUUUUUUUAUUGCUACUUCAUAGAGGUAUUUUCCAUUUAAUAUUUUGAUCCUUUGGUAUACUCACUGUUGGUCUUGAUUCUUGAUUACCUUUGUAUAAAUGAUAAUGUAAAUGUUGAAAAAUACCUUUGUUCUUUCAUAGUUUAUUUUGUCUUUAUCCAUCAUUUUUUAAUUAAUUCUUUUCAUUAUAGCACUCAAGAAUGACCAAAAAAAGAAAACGUCAAGAUGAUUUUCAAAAAGUAAAACUAAAAGUUGGUAAAAAGAAGCCCAGGUUAGAAAAUGCUACUGUUACAAACUUUAAAACGAAGACUAUACAUCUGCCUGAGCAACUCAAAGAGGAUGGAAUACUUCCAACAAACAAUAGAAAACUUAACAUAAAGAAAAUUCUAACCCAAAAUUCUCACUAUAAUGCUGGGGUUAAACAAAGUGCUCUUCUUGGACUUAAAGACCUUUUAUCUCAGUACCCAUUUAUAAUUGAUGCACACCUUUCAAACAUAUUAAGUGAAGUUACUGCUGUGUUUACAGAUAAAGAUGCUAAUGUACGAUUAGCAGCAGUUCAACUUCUUCAAUUCCUGGCCCCCAAAAUACGAGCUGAACAAAUUUCUCCAUUUUUUCCUUUGGUAAGUGCCCAUCUCUCUAGUGCCAUGACUCACAUUACUGAAGGAAUUCAGGAGGACUCUUUAAAAGUUUUGGACAUUCUGCUGGAAGAGUACCCAGCUCUCAUUACUGGCCGUAGCAGUAUAUUGCUUAAGAAUUUUGUAGAACUUAUUUCUCAUCAGCAGCUGUCCAAAGGAUUGGUAAAUAGAGACAGAUCCCAGUCCUGGAUACUUUCUGUAAACCCUAAUCGGAGACUCACUUCUCAGCAGUGGAGGCUGAAAGUCUUAGUGAGACUCAGUAAAUUCCUUCAGGCCUUGGCAGAUGGAUCCAGUAGGUUGAGAGAAAGUGAAGGACUUCAGGAACAAAAAGAAAAUCCCCAUGCCACUAGCAACUCCAUUUUUAUCAACUGGAAGGAACAUGCCAACGACCAGCAACACAUCCAGGUUUAUGAAAAUGGGGGUUCACAGCCAAAUGUCAGUUCACAGUUCAGGCUACGGAACCUGAUUGGAGGACUAGGCAGUGUGGAUGAAGGCUUGUCAUCUACUGAAAACUUGAAAGGAUUUAUUGAGAUAAUAAUUCCACUGCUGAUCGAGUGCUGGAUUGAAGCUGUUCCUCCACAGCUAGCUACUUCGGUUGGAAAUGGUGUAGAACGAGAACCACUGCAGGUUAUGCAGCAAGUUCUUAAUAUUAUUUCCCUUCUGUGGAAACUUUCUAAGCAACAUGAUGAAAACCACAAAUUGGAGUCUUGGCUUCGAAAGAAUUAUCUUACAGAUUUCAAACACCAUUUUAUGAGUCAUUUUCCAUAUGCCUUAAAAGAAAUAACCAAGCACAGAAAGAAAGAAACAAAUAAAAGCAUCAAGCAUUGCACGAUUCUCUCCAAUAAUGUAGACCAUCUCUUACUGAACUUAACACUAUCUGAUAUCAUGGUCUCUCUGGCAAAUGCCUCAACUUUGCAGAAGGAUUCCUAUUGGAUAGAAAUGAUAAGAAAAUUUGUGACGGAGACACUUGAAGAUGGCUCUAGGCUAAAUAGUAAGCAGCUGAACAGGUUGCUUGGGGUAUCCUGGAGGUUAAUGCAGAUACAACCAAACAGAGAGGCUACAGAGUCUCUCAUCAAGGCAGUUUAUACAUUGUAUCAGCAGAGAGGCCUUAUCCUUCCAGUUCGCACUUUGUUACUGAAGUUUUUCAGUAAAAUCUAUCAAAAGGAAGAACUGAGAUCUUACAGAUUCAGAUAUCGUAGUAAAGUGUUAUCCCGUUGGCUGGCUGGUUUACCAUUGCAACUUGCUCAUCUUGGCUCCCGAAACCCUGAACUCUCAACACAGCUUAUUGAUAUCAUCCAGACUGCUGCAGCACGAGCAAAUAAAGAAUUACUAAAAAGUUUACAAGCUACGGCUCUCCGAAUCUAUGAUCCACAAGAAGGCACUGUGGUGGUUCUCCCAGCAGAGUCUCAGCAGUGUUUGGUCCAGCUUAUAUAUUUUCUACCUAGUCUACCUGCUGAUUUGCUUUCUCAGUUAAGUCGUUGCUGUAUUAUGGGAAGACUCAGUUCAAGUUUGGCUGCCAUGCUUAUCGGGAUACUGCACAUGAGAUCAUCAUUUUCUGGAUGGAAAUAUUCAGUUAAAGACUGUUUGAUGAGUGAUGUGGAUUAUUUCAGCUUCUUAUUUUCAACACUUACAGGGUUUUCAAAAGAGGAGUUGACUUGGCUUCAGAGCCUUCGAGGAGUUCCUCAUGUCAUCCAGACACAGCUCUCCCCUGUGCUGCUUUAUCUUACAGACUUGGAGCAAUUUUUACACCAUUGGGAUGUAACAGAGACAGUUUGUCACAGUCUAUUGGUUAUCCCUGCCCGAAGCCAGAGCUUUGACAUCGUGCAAAGUGCCAUCAGUAAGCAUUUGGUUGGGUUCACUGUAAUUCCUGACAGCACCGUUGGCUGUGUUUUGGGUGUUAUCUGUAGGCUCCUGGAUCAUACAUGUGUACUUAGUGAGACUCUGCUGCCGUUUCUGGCUUCGUGUUGCUACAGUCUUCUGUAUUUCCUGCUCACUUUAGAGAAAGGAGAAGCAGAGCAUCUAAGAAAGAGGGACAAGCUGUGGGGGGUCUGUGUCUCCGUCCUGGCUCUCCUGCCUCGAGUCCUCAGGUUGAUGCUGCAGAGCCUGCGGGUGAGCAGAGCUGCUCCCGAGGAGCUGCCUGUUGUGGGCCAGCUGCUUCGCCUGCUGCUGCAGCACGCGCCCCUCAGGACUCAUAUGUUGACCAAUGCCAUCUUGGUGCAGCAGAUCAUCAAGAAUAUCACGACAUUGAAGAGUGGAGGUGUUCAGGAGCAGUGGCUUACAGACUUACAUUAUUGCUUUAAUGUGUAUAUCACUGGGCAUCCUCAGGGGCCCAGUGUGUUGAAUACAGUAUAUGAAAGAGGCACCAUGGCACUUCCUGUUUAAAAUUGUUUAUUCACAUCUAAUUUUGAAGAGACUGAUGUAAGAAAUGUUUGUCAUUAAAGCUGAACUUUUAAAGAA